GGUAUCUACUAUUUGAUGUUUACUAUUUUCCCCGAUCUCUUUUCGACCGUGUACCAUUUCAGCAUCGGAAUUGGAGGUUUGCCAUACAUCGGAAUCGGCGUCGGACUCCUAUCUGCCACCAUAUUCGGUGCCAAAAUUUGCGAUAAGGCAUACAUGUACCUUGCUACACAAAACGGAGGAAAGGGCAAACCAAAGAUGCGCAUACCUGCUCUCAUAUUUGGCUCGUUGUUCGUCCCAGUGGGACUAUUGUGAGACCAGCGCUUGCAUCUUCGUUGCUCCCAAUCUGACCUACGCCAGUUGGCACGGUUGGUCUGCCCAGGCCGAGAUCCACUUUAUGAUGCCCAUUUGUCGGCGCCGCCAUCUUUGGAUUCGGCAUAAUGACAGCUUCCCUCGCCAUUCAAUAAUACCUCGUAGAUAC